AUGCUGAGUUUGGAGUUUACUCCAAAGUGUGUAUGCUGGAUCCAUAAACGCGGCGCAUCAUUGCCCCUGCUUGCCCUAUGCAGCGCGCCAUUGGAGGUCCUGAUUACUAUUCUGUAUUGGGGACUUGUUGCGAUUGACAGGAGGCUGGUGGUUCCGCCCGAGGUAGAGAUCAGUCUCUAUGCGGAUGUGGGAUUCCAUGCAAUGCCGGCGAUCCUACUGACGAUUGAUUUGCUGUUCUUGAGUCCGCCGUGGACGCUACAUGCGCUGCCUGCCAUGGGCUUAAGCUCGGUGCUAGCGGUGUUGUACUGGGUGUGGGUGGAGCAUUGUUAUAAGUACAAUGGAUUCUACCCAUACCCCUUGUUCGAGCAGCUGAACAUGAAUCAAAGGGCAGCAGUAUUUGCGGCAGCAGCAUUGACGAUGACUAUCAGUACGGGGAUGUUGCAGUGGUUAUAUGGUAGGGUGAAUGGGUUGAAAGGGGCUCAGAAGAAGAGCACGCCAAGCAAUAUCAAGGGCGAAUGAAGAGAUGAGAUCACGAAUGUACGAAUGUGUAUACGAAUGAGCAUGACUGCGGAAUUGGGUGUUAGACCAGCUUUAAAAAGUUCACGACUUGUUCUGUAGUAAUGCUACUGACGUAUUUCACG